CAAACAUUAGCAUAUCUUCUCAUCCACUGUCAUAAACGUGUUCUGUAUAAAUCAGCCUCUACAAGCUUGUUUGAUCUCUGAGGAAGUCCGUCUGGUUUCCACUGCUGCACAAACGCGAAGACACCUGUAAACGAGGUGACACAGUGUUUGACGAUGACGUCCAUGAAGAUGUGGUAUCUCUUGCUCCUCGCUGCCUUCCUGCCCAUUGUUCCCACAGUGGCUGAAGUUGUUGAGUCGGUGUCCGACUGUGACCAGUUUCUCCUUGAAGCAAAGCCACCACAUGUCCCAGGCAUCUUGGAGGGCGGGAAAAUAGGCCAGACCCGAUACAAAUUAAUUUGUCAGACUUAUAAAAAUGAGAGAAAGUUUCUGACGCUCUACGACACAGAGAACAUGAUUCCUGUGUUUUCUGCCUACAAGUACACAGGGAAACAAGAGGGGUUAAAAUUCAACAGACCAAAGAAAUGGAUGAUAGAGCCACAGCUUGAGAAUAAAGAUGACCCGAACAAGGACAUGGCAAACGACAACGGCAAGACCUACAAGAACCAGGCUGUGGAAAAGGAUUACAUAGACAAAGACAAAAAAUUUAACAGGGGCCAUAUAAUUCCAAGCUCAUAUGGGUUAACUGAAUCUGACAAAAAAUCCACCUUUACCCUGACAAACAUCGUUCCACAAGCAAUAUCAUUCAACAGCGGAAGCUGGAGCAGCAUGGAGCAGUGCAUCAAAUGUAUUAUGGACGAAUACUGCAAAGACAACAACGCUGUUACUAAAGCCUAUGUUGUAACUGGAGCAAUACCCAACCCAAGCACCGACCCCAACACCAAACUAAAUAAGAGGGUUAAUAUUCCUGACAAGCUCUGGUCAGCAUUCUGCUGCUACGACUCCAAAAAGAAGAAAUGGAUCGCAAGCGCGCACUGGGGUGACAAUGUUCCUGAUAAACCUGAACGCAAGUAUCUGCCCACCAUCACUCUGCAAAAACUUCAGGAAGAACUGAAGAUAGUAGCCUUUCCUGAAACACAGUGUCCUCUCCAAACAACCGUUAGUGAGUUCUACAAAACCCAAGCAAAACACUGCCAAUGCCAGAAAACUUAACCACUUCUUCCCCUCCCACUUAACUUCUGCCGCUUUGACACACACAUCUAUACUCACAUCUACAUCUGUACUCACAUUCUUCCUGUAUGAGGAAAAUAUACAACUGAAAAAUUGGGACACCCAAAGCCUUCAAUCUGUGAUUAUUCAGUUAGUAUGUUUACUAUUGAAUGACACUUUCAAAAUUGAUCAGCAACUAACAUGUACGCAUAUAAAAUUAACGCAUCACCUUAAUGUUAAAAAUUAUUCAAUGCAGAAUUAACAACCAGAAAAUUGUUCAGUCACAAAUGGUUGAAUAUUCAGACUGAGCAGUUUUUCUUUUUACUUUUGUACUUUUUGUUUGAUUUCAUUUGUUAUGAUGACGGGACACUGGAUAAAAUAAAGUGUCCUUUGCGUGGCUUCAGAUUUAUUUAUUUAUUUUACAGGGACAAUGCACAUUAAUCAACACUGUAGUAAACUAGUGCUAGUGGCUACAUGUCUGAUGUAGUAUCAGAUGGAAGACAAAUGUACAUGAUUUGUAGGAUGUGAAUGAAAUAAACUGCAGACGCCUGAUA